AUGACUCGUUGCAUUCCCAUACCGGGCAACAUCAGUCUCGCUGAUGAUUUGAGCCACAGCUUCAGCGAAUUCAAGACAGGCAGAAACCUUGACAGCACCAACGUAAGAUGACCGGUGGCAUACCAAGCUGACGAACGCUAAUUGUUGAUUAGCAUCGCUACUCCACGGUUGGCAUGACGACGCCAACCCCGGUCUAUGAGUCUGGAUAGAGCGAGGAGAGCAGCAACAGACUAAUAAUUUCGAGGAAUCGACCGGUGAUGGAGGCGAGGUUGAGCAGAGCGUCGCAUCCAUCAGGGACACCGAGCCCCCAAUCGGCGAAGAUGACGGCUAUGAGGUAAGCUAUCAGCUUCCACGAGCAUACCAUACUGCGUUUCCUAACACGAUUACCAGAUGCCUCGCUCGAGUGUCGACGGGGAAGAUUUUCCAACAAUUCUCUCUGAGCACAAACCGAUGCGUAUCCUGAUCCUGGCCCUCCCUCUUCUGCUUCAAAUCUGGGUCUUGACCCAGGCCUUCCAACUUGGACUCGGCUUCUGGACUGGGCUGGUGAUAUCCAUGAUUGUAAUGCCGCCCAUCGAGCUCACCGACAGUGAUUCGUUGCUCGCUGCGAAGACGCACGGCGAGCUUGCUACUAUCGGCACCUUCGACUUCGUCUCCUCCUUUAUCGACCCUCAGAAAGAGUCUACACAGCCGCUCGACGGAGGGGUCGUCUGCGGAGACGGCUGUCCUACGUUUCACUCGUGUUUUCGAACUGAAUUCAACUCACGCGCAACGAUUUGGAAAAUCACAAGCGGGCUGCUCACAUGA